AUGACAUUCCAUCGAACUUGCUGGGAGCAGCUGCUCGCCAACCGACGUAGCCUGGCGAAAUCAGAUCUGCAACUGCUGCAAACGGCUGCAUCCACGGCUGAGCAUUUUGAUGCCGCUUCUGACAUGGUGAGCCAAGCUGGGAAGGCCGCGGAGGUACUGCGCAAAAGCUCGCGAGCAAUCUGCUUCACGGGAGCAGGGCUUUCUACAGCUGCCGGACUGGGUGAUUAUCGGGGCAAGCAGGGCAAGUGGACUCUCGAGGCCCAAGGUGCAGACCUUGCAUACACCACGGUGUAUGAGGAACUGCGGCCUACUUUUGCACACGAGGCUAUCGCAAAGCUCGUGGAGAUGGGCAAGAUUGCAUAUGUUGUGAGCCAGAAUGCAGAUGGAUUGCAUCACCUCAGCGGAAUUCCUUACAGCAAGCUGUCCGAUGUUCAUGGCUCCGCCUUCACAGAGUACUGCCCUAGCUGCAGAAAGCGCUAUGUGCGGAAAUGGUACGUACCUGAAGAUCGUGCAGAGGACUACUUAGCUGGCCUUCUUCCUGGUCCCAUCCCUCCCCACAUCCGACGAUGCCCUGGAUGCGGGAGCAAUCAUUGGACGGGCCGCAGCUGUGAUGACUGCGGGGGGCCUUUGCAUGACACGGUCAUAAGCUUCGGGGAUGGACUGGAAGAGUGCGUUCUUCGGCCAGCCUUUGAGUAUUUGUGCGCCAUGGUGUCCCUUUUCCCUGUAACAAGGGAGCGUUGGCAGGCGCCAGCUGCUUGCCUGCUUCGCAUGAGCAUGAAGAUUUCGAUAAUGGUAGGGAUGGCGUUCGUACGUGUGGUCAUGUUGCUGAUGAUGGGCCUGGGCAGUACAAUGAGCAUCGGGCCUUCCAACCAGGCUGAUGGGAGCCGCAGGGAGCCUCGUGACGGACACAACGAAACUGCGCAGGUGGUGGCCAUUCAGAAGGGGCCCUUGAUCGUCUGCGUGCGACAGGAUACGGAAAUGGACACUUUGUGCCAAGCCUCCGGAGACUUGGACAAUCGAAAACCGGAUCAGUGCGCACAACCGGCUAGGUUCAUGCAUCACGUUAUGCUGGCUUUGUUGGGGGAGGAGCAGUUCAAGGAUUGGGAGGUACCACUGCUGAGGGGGCACUUCACGUUGCAAGUGUCGCCCACUCAGCAGCUGAAAGCUAAGGCUUCCCUGAGCGAGAAGCGCGCCCUGUACAACUCCCAGCGCCCAUCGGUUGGGAAACAACGAGGCGAUAUUUUCGCAGCUUGGCUCGACAUUCUCACCCUGGAUCCUGCUAGUUGCCGCAUCAGUUCGUCGGAGGCAGAGUGCUUUGAGCACUGA